GGCCUUCCUUUCUGCUGUGUGUUGGGAUCUUUACAGCAGCCCAUGCUGCGGCGCCUCGCCUGUCCCACCCGAGCUGCCUGCACCGCUGGCGUGGACCUAACCUAGGAUAAACCUCCGCGUGGCCUGGGUAGGGGGGAGCCAUGGGGAGCUCAGCCUCGUCGCUGGCUGCGGAGACGGAAUCGGACCAUGGCUUCACUAGCCCGCCCUACCCGGGGCACCCAGCUGUGGGCUGGUAUAGGAGUAGUCACAGUGGCCCCGUUUGGGAAAGUGCCCUUAUAACACGUCAGCAUCAGCAUUUACACCACCGGGUGCGAAGCCAUUCCCACUCUCCUGGCUCCAUGGCUGCUGUGCGUGAGUGGUCCUGCACCCGCUGCACCUUCUUGAACCCUGUUGGCCAACGGCAGUGCUCCAUAUGUGAAGCCCCCCGCCAAAAGCCUGACCUCAACCACAUUCUGCGGCUCAGUGUGGAGGAACAGAAAUGGGCCUGUGCCCGCUGCACCUUCAGGAACUUUUUGGGCAAGGAAACCUGUGAAGUAUGUGGCUUCAACCCAGAACCAGGGCCCAGCAGCUCCCCCUUGCCUAUCCUCAAUGGCAUCUUGCCCAAGCCCACAGUGCUUGUGGAGCCCAGGGGCACAUCGAAGGAGGAAGCUCCCAAGACAGAAGGUGGCAGUGAGGACUCCGGGGCAAAGAAUCCAGAUGAGGCAGAGCUGGAGGAUGGCUGGGCUUGCCAGCGCUGCACCCUGCACAACACACCCGUGGCUAACUCCUGUUCUGCUUGUGGUGGGCCACGCAAGCUCUCCCUGCCCAAGAUCCCACCAGAGGCGCUGGUCGUCCCUGAAGUCAUCACCCCUGCUGGAUUUCAAGUAGCCCCAGCUACUCCUCAGUCUUUAGUCUCUCUAGAGAUCACUGACAGUGAUGCCGUGGCCACCCAGGGCCCAGUGGCUAUGGAACAAGAGGCCCAGAAGAUGCCAGCCUUCAGUCCCUUCUCCCCAGGGCUCCAAAACAACCCCGUGCCCCGGAGCCGCAGGGAGGUGCCCCCACAGCUGCAGAUGCCGGGGCCUGAGGCCUCCCAGCCUGUGGCUCAGACUGCAGCUGGGCAGAAGGGCUCUCCACAGGGUCAAGCCAGAGCUCCACCAUCCGCCCGCCUCCAGGAGCUGCUGUCCAACAAGCGGCUGGGCAUGCUGGAGGAGGAGAUGGAGGUGGGCCCGUCCCACUGGAAGUGCAGUACCUGCUCCCUGCUUAACUCUGCCGGGACCAGCAAAUGUGAGGUCUGCAGUGCCCAGAAAGGCAGUGACACCAUCAACUUGGUGGGGGACUCUGUGAGAUUCACCCCAUGCAGCCCCUCCAGCCCUGACUUCACUACCUGGUCCUGUUCCAAAUGCACCCUCAAGAACCCCACGCUAGCCCAGAAGUGCAAAGUGUGCGGCUCCUCCAAGCUGCACGGCUUCCAGGAGCACGGGGCACAGGGGGAGCCGGCCCCGAGGUGUUCUGACUGCGGGGCUUGCGACAAGGGCACCUGCUCCUCUUGCGGCACCAAGGCCCCGUCCGCCCGCAAGGUUGCUCGCCUUUUCCCUUCCCAGCUGCCCAUGGCCCAAGACAGGCCAAGCCAGUGGGCUUGUCCUGCUUGCACCUUGCUCAAUGAGCUCAAGGCCAAGCACUGUGUGGCCUGCCAUACCCCCCAGCACUACGUGGCCCAGCACAAGGGCACCAAGCCCCUCAAGAGACGCGAGAGCAUGCACGUGGAGAAGAGGCGACAGACGGACGAGGGAGAGGCCAAAGCCCUGUGGGAAAACAUUGUGACCUUCUGUCGGGAGAACAAAGUCAAUUUUGUAGAUGAUAGUUUCCACCCUGGGCCCAAGUCUGUGGGAUUCCCGGAAGGCGACAGUGUCCAGCAGAGGGUGAAGCAGUGGCUGCGACCCCACGAAAUCAACUGUAGUAUCUUCAAAGACCGAACGGUGAAGUGGUCAGUGUUUCGGACACCCAGGCCCUCAGACAUCCUCCAAGGACUGCUGGGAAACUGCUGGUUUCUGAGUGCCCUGGCAGUGCUGGCGGAGCGGCCAGAGCUGGUGGAGAGGGUGAUGAUCACGCGGACACUGUGCCCCGAGGGCGCCUACCAGGUGCGGCUGUGCAAGGACGGCACGUGGACCACUGUGCUGGUGGAUGACAUGUUGCCUUGUGAUGAGUGUGGAUACCUCCUCUUCUCUCAGGCCCAGAGGAAGCAGUUAUGGGUAGCCCUCAUUGAGAAGGCACUGGCCAAGCUUCAUGGUUCGUACUUUGCCCUCCAGGCGGGGCGUGCUAUUGAAGGCCUGGCUACACUAACUGGUGCCCCCUGCGAGAGCCUGAUGCUGCAGGUCAGCUCCACUAACCCUCGCGAGGAGCCCAUUGACACUGACCUCAUCUGGGCCAAAAUGCUGAGUUCUAAGGAGGCUGGGUUCCUCAUGGGUGCAUCCUGUGGUGGGGGAAACAUGAAGGUGGAUGAUGUGGCCUACGAGAGUAUGGGUCUCCGUCCACGGCAUGCCUACUCUAUCCUGGAUGUGCGGGAUGUCCAAGGCUUCAGGUUACUACGACUCCGAAACCCCUGGGGUCGCUUCUCCUGGAAUGGCAACUGGUCUGAUGAGUGGCCUCACUGGCCAGCCCCCUUGCGUCAUGAUCUGAUGCCCCAUGGCAGCAGCGAGGGGGUCUUCUGGAUGGAGUACAGUGAUUUCAUUAAGUAUUUUGACUCCGUGGACAUCUGCAAGCUGCAUUCAGACUGGCACGAGGUGCGUGUCCAGGGCAUGUUCCCCAACAAGGCCAACGGGCCAGUGACAGUGACAUCGCUGACAGUGCUGGAGCGUGCUGCCCUGGAAUUUGCCCUCUUCCAGGAGGGCAGCAGGCGGUCAGACAUGGUGGACAGCCACUUGCUGGAUCUGUGCAUCAUGGUUUUUCGGGCUACCUUCACCAGCGGGAACAAGCUGAGCCUGGGCCGGCUGAUGGCUCACAGCAAACGAGCUGUCAAGAAGUUUGUCAACUGCGACGUGAUGCUGGAGCCGGGCGAGUACGCUGUGGUGUGCUGUGCCUUCAACCACUGGAAUGCUGCCCUGGCAGGCCCCGCUGCUGCCCAGGCAUCCAGCCCCACCAGCAGCCGGCAGGCCACUGAUUACUCCAGCUACAUCCUGGCCAUCUACAGCUCCCGCCUGGUGAUGGUGGAGCAGGUGGAGGCACAGCCCACCACGCUCGCCGAUGCCAUCAUCCUGCUGACUGAGAACAAGGGCGAGCGGCAUGAGGGUCGCGAGGGGAUGACAUGCUACUACCUGACACACGGCUGGGCAGGGCUCAUCGUGGUGGUGGAGAACCGGCACCCCAAGUCCUACCUGCAUGUCCAGUGUGACUGCACUGACAGCUUCAACGUGGUUUCCACGCGUGGCAGCCUCAAAACCCAAGACAGCGUGCCCCCCCUGCACAGGCAGGUGUUGGUGAUCCUUUCCCAGCUGGAGGGCAAUGCUGGCUUCUCCAUCACCCACCGUCUGGCCCACCGUAAAGCCACCCAGGCCUUCCUCAAUGACUGGAUGUCCACAAAAGGAACCCACAACCCCCUGCUCACGCCGGAGGUGGCCGGACUCCACGGGCCCCGGCCGCUAUGACAAAACGCCUCCUCCAGCCCACUCCUCUCUCCCUUU